AUGGCCGCCGACUCGCAACGCAGUUUUCUCCGCAACGCCGUCGCCAGCCAGCGUGACGCUCUGGUGACCACGGCGCAGGCGCUGGUGCGGACUGCAUCGCCCAACCUGUCUGGAGACACACGGUUCACGGCCGAGGCGGCCAUCCGACUUCUCCAGGUGAUCCCGCACGCCCACGUCUCGCGGCACCAAAUCGCCGCUGGCGUCACCAACGUCGUCGUGCGCAUCCCCAGCGGCAGACCCGGCAAACGCCUGGUGUUUAACGGUCACCUUGACACAUCUCCUCUGGCUUCAGAACCCGGAUGGACGGCGUCGUCGCUGGGCGCGGUGAAGGACGGGAAGCUCUUCGGCCGCGGCGUCUUCGAGACGAAGGGCGCUCUCGCGGCGGCGAUCACGGCGGCCAAGAUCCUGGCCGAGCACCGUGAUCUCUGGCGGGGCGAGAUUGUGCUAACGCUGGCCGGCGAUGGAGAAGUCCUGGGCGCGCGGGGCACGGGCUGGCUGCUGGACAAUGUCGCCUAUGCGAAAGGUGACGUCGUGGUGUGCACAGAUGCUGCCUCGCCGCGAGUCGUAGGCUUCGGCGAGAAUGGUGCUGUCUGGAUCGCCGUCGAGGCCGAAGGAGUUGCAGGGCAUAGUGCUCAGGGGUACGCCGCCGUCAAUGCUAUCAAACGGCUGCGGCGCGCGCUGGAUGCCGUCGAGCAACUCGAGGAGAUAUCCGUGAAGAUGCCGGCAGAGCUUAGCGAUGCCAUCGACGCCGAAUCGCAUGCACUGUGCCAUGUCACAGUUAGCAUCAACGCGAUCGCCGCCGGCUCGCCGUCGUCCGUAAACCUUGUCCCCGGACGGGCGAGCGCGCAGUGCGAUAUCCGGCUGCCAAUCGGCCUCACGGUGGAUGAAAUACUGGCACGGUUACGAGAGCUACUAGGCGUCAUGGACGGCAUCAAGUGGACGGUCAUCCGGCAGUGCGAGCCCAGCUACACCUCGCCGAUGCAAGACUUUGUGCGUUUGGCCGUCAAGGCGGCGACGGAUGCGACGAGGAGCGAGUGUGCGGCCAGCAUGCAUGUGGGCGCGUCGGAUGCCCGGUUCUAUCGCGCAGCUGGUGUGCCGGCAGUGGUGGUUGGCUGUGCAGGCAGUAAUAUGGGCGCUGCAGACGAGUAUAUCGAAAUCGAUGAGCUGGUGCGAACUGCGCAGGCUCAUGCGUUGAUCGCCUAUGGCUUCUUGAAGAGUGUUUGA